AAGAACAGCAGAGGCAGAGCUGGGGGAAGCGUCGGGCUGAAAAACAACUGCAUAAAGCAGCGGAACCUUGCUCGCGGGGGUGGGUGAAUCAUGUCAGAUGAAGACGUCAUCGAUUGUGGGAACGAGUUUCCGGCCCACUACAAGGUCAUGCUGGACAAACUGAAUGAGCAGAGGCAGCUGGACCAGUUCACAGACAUCACUCUCAUCGUGGAUGGGCAUCAGUUCAGGGCUCAUAAAGCUGUGCUGGCUGCCUGCAGUCAGUUUUUCCACAAGUUCUUCCAGGACUUCAAGCUGGAGCCCCUGGUGGAGAUAGAGGGGGUCAGUAACUCGGCCUUCCGCCACCUGAUGGAAUUCACCUACACGGCCAAGCUGGCGGUGAGCGGCCCUGAGGAGGUCAGUGAUGUGUGGAAAGCAGCCGAGUAUCUGCAGAUGCAGGAGGCCAUCAAAGCGCUCAACAACAGGAUGGCCGAGGGCUCCUCGUACGGAGCAGCCGCGGGCCUGACGGGGAAGAGCAAGGCGAAGAAGAGGAAGAUCGCCGAGACAUCCAACGUGAUCACGGAGACGCUGCCGUCAGUGGAGACAGAGCCCGUGGAGAUCGAGGUGGAGAUCGCUGAGGGCCCCAUGGUGGUGGAGGAGGCCGGGCUGGAGGAGGUGGUGGAGGCCGCCAAGAACGCCCACGGCUCGGGCGACUCGUCCGACGACUCGGCCCUGGCGCUGCUGGCCGACAUCACCAGUAAGUACCAGCAGGGGGAGCCUGCGCUGCACGUGGUGAAAAAGGGCGGCGAGGUGGUGCUCCAGGAGGACGGCGUGGUGGCGUCCAAGGCCCUGGAGAGCAUCGAGGUGGUGGAGGUGCAGAUCUCGCAGCUGGACAACAUGUUCCGCUGCGACAAGUGCGAGCGCUCCUUCAAGCUCUUCUACCACCUGAAGCAGCACAUGCGCGUGCACGCCGCCAGCUCCGACAAGCCCUACGUGUGCCGCCACUGCAGCAAGGCCUACGCCCGCGAGGGCGCCCUCAAGCAGCACCUCAACAGCUACCACUUCGACGCCGAGGAGCAGUCGCGGCGCCAGCGGCCGCAGAAGAGGCUGCACGUGUGCGAGUACUGCGACAAGCAGUUCGACCACUUCGGACACUUCAAGGAGCACCUGCGGAAGCACACAGGUGAGAAGCCGUUCGAGUGUCCGGACUGCCACGAACGCUUUGCCCGGAACAGCACGCUCAAAUGCCACAUGGCCGCGUGCCAGAACGGGUGCGGGGCCAAGAAGGGCCGGAAGAAACUCUACGAGUGCCAGGUGUGCAGCAGUGUGUUCAACAGCUGGGACCAGUUCAAAGACCACCUGGUGAUCCACACGGGCGAGAAGCCCAACCACUGCACGCUGUGCGACCUGUGGUUCACGCAGCCGCGCGACCUCCGCACCCACCUGCGCGACCUCCACGGCGUCCAGGAGAAGGUGGUGGUGACGGAGGAGGUGGUGAUCGCUGAGCCCGCCGCCGCCGGCCCCGCCCCCGGGGGGGAGGAGGAGGAGGAGGAGGCGGCGAGUCUGCUGCACGACGGCAUGCGUGUGGAGCACGUGACGGUGGAGCCCGUGCCGCUGGAGGGCGAGGCCGUGGACGUGGUGGGCGUGGAGGAGGCGGUGGUGGUGCAGGAGGAGGAGGUGGAGGUGGGGCGGAUGCAGGCGCCCCAGGACGAGGAGGAGGAGGAGGGACUGAAGUUCUCCGUGGAGGCUCUGGGGGCGGGGGCGGACGAUGGGGCGCAGGUGGAGAUCCAGGUGGAGCAGGUGACGGGUGGCACGGCGGAGCACGCUGCCCCGGACUCUGAGGUCCACCUGGAGCAGGAGCAGGUGGAGAUACAGGUGGAGGAAGGGGAGGUGCAGAGUGUGGAAGUAUGAGGAUUACUGCUCGUCUCCCCUCCCGUCCUCUCCCUUCACUUGAGGCCUCGUUCGCCCAAGGACACUUGAAUGAGCCACUGUGCACCGUACAGAGACAAAGAUUUCAAAAUGCACAUUUCAGGAGUUAUUUACUAUGAACCAAGUGUCUCCCACUCUUUGCCUCUCUCUCCCUCCCUCUCUCUCUCUCUCUGUUUCUUUCUCUCUGCCUCUGUGUCUCUCUCUCUCUCUCUCUCUAUCUCUCUCCUUCCCUCUUUCGCUCUCCCUGUACAUUCAUGCUCGACGUGCACUGAGAUUUUUCUGACCAAAUACCUUCAGUCCUCCUCUGCAACCUGUCAGUUUUUAACUUUAACAUUUCAGGAAGGAGUGCGGUCCAGUUGCUAAGACACACACUGCUCUGUGGGUGGUGAUCAGUGGAGUUGAGGGUCGUGGGGUCAGACAGCAGCACGUCCUCAGGAAUGUAUCGGACUUUCCCGUUAUCACAAAGCCCACUGCUUCCUUGAACUCCUCAGGGAGCCCUCAGUCAUGUGAAUGAACUCUGAACUCAGAGAUGGUGUUCAAAACAAAACAAAACAAAAAGACGACAGACCGAAAUGCCGUUUCCCUGCGCACUCCUGACAACAACACGUUCAGGUUUUUUUCCAGUGUUCUGUUGGUUUGAAGAUGAAGAAGUCACUGUUAUUGUAAAGCUCUUUAUUUUUGUUGUUGUUUGGGUCAGCUCUUUGGAGCCUGCUAGGAGUAUUGUGUAGGACAUAGGAUUUCUUAGAUUCUGCGAGGGUCCUGCCACAUGCUGAAAAUACCACAGAAAAGUAAUCAACACAAACCCUGGCCUCACUACACACCGCCCCCUGCUGGUUGCAACAUUACAGACAAAUCCAUGGCAUCCACUUUUAUUACUAGAGAAAAUAACCAGUGAAAAUCACAAAAAAAGACUUGAUUAUAUUUAAAUGGUUUUUUUGUUUUUAUUUCCCCUGGGAGGUCAUAGCUGCACCAUUAAAUUGUUAUAUGGAUUCCUCCAUUUUG